AUGGAAUUCCGUUGCUUUGUGAAAAAUGGAACUCUCAUCGCCAUUUGCCAACGUCACGAUUCUGAAUAUUACAGCUUUAUUGAAGAUCAAGAGGAAAUCAUCAAAGACGAUAUUAUAGAAUUCUUUAAACAAAAUAUAAGUGGACGAUUUGCAGAUAAAGAAUAUGUUUUUGACAUUUACAGAGAUAAACAGAAUAAAAUUCUCCUGAUGGAUUUUAAUCCUUAUGGAGUUUUCACUGACAGUUUGAUGUUUUCAUGGGGUGAACUUUUAGCUGAUCAUCCAUUUCAAGAUGAAAGUGUAGAGUUUCCCGUCUUCCGCUGUGUCAAAAAAGAAGAUAGUGGAGUGAAGCCCAACCCUUAUGCCUUUUAUGCUCUUCCUAAAGACUUUGUGGAUUUGUCACUUGGUACAGAUCCCCAGAAACUAGUAGACUUCUUGAAGAUGAAAACCGAUAAGAAUACAGAUGAUUCAGACAAUGAUGACACCUAA